AUUUAUUAUUUUACUGUUUAGUAUUGCAACUAAAAAAAUAUUAUGUAGCUUACUUAGUAAUUAAGUUUUUCUAUAAAAAAGCUAUACAUUUUUCAUCGCCUAGAUACAAUGGAGUUGCUUGUGGCAGGAUUUGAUGACAUCAAGUUCAAUGUUGAAAUAGCUUUAGAUGAACAACAUGGGGCUUUACCUCUACCGUUCAAUGGGAUGGACAAAUCUAUCGCUGCAGUUUGUUCAUUUUAUCCAAAAGGAUCCUGUUCUAAAGGUGCAUUAUGUCCAAUGCGACAUGUACGAGGAGAUCGAACUGUUGUUUGUAAACAUUGGUUACGUGGUUUGUGCAAAAAAGGGGAUCAGUGUGAAUUUUUACACGAAUAUGACAUGACUAAAAUGCCUGAAUGUUAUUUCUAUGCUCGAUUUAAUGCAUGUCAUAACAAAGAAUGUCCAUUUUUACAUAUUGAUCCUGAAAGUAAAUUAAAAGACUGUCCAUGGUAUGAUCGAGGAUUUUGUCGCCAUGGCCCACAUUGUAAACAUAAACAUGUUCGCCGUGUACUUUGUAUGAACUAUGUUUCUGGAUUUUGUCCAGACGGCCCAAACUGUAAAUUUGUUCAUCCUCGAUUUGAACUUCCGGCAUAUCAACAAUAUGAUGCUAAUCAAAAAGAUGCUAAAAAACUUGUAGUAAUAUGUCAUUUUUGUGGUGACACUGGACAUAAGGCUAUGUACUGUCAUAAAAUGGUAUCAGAUCUUGUAAAAAUUAAACCAGAGCUGGAGGUCAACAAUGAACCAUUGCCAACAAAUGCUCAAGCAGGAUUUGCUAGAAAAUUGAAACCAUUAGAAGAAGUUACAUGCUAUAAAUGUGGAUUUAAAGGUCAUUAUGCCAACAAGUGCCCAAAGGGUCAUUUAGCUUUUUUAUCUUUGCAACAAAACCAGGCACUCCAAAACAACCAAGGUGCAUGAUACAACAAGUCAACCUUAACAUUUUAAUAAAAUGGUAAUUAAUGUGAUAAUGUAUUAUUUGUGUAUAUUUUUUGUUUUUUAAGGGACUUAAGUUGAUACAUGUACAAUUUUAGGAAUAUUAAAAUAGUUUUAUUUGGAUCCCUAGUAAUUGUAAAAGUAUACUAUAACAAAAAUAAAAAUACUAAGAUGGUUUUUAAAAAAAUAAAUAUUUUUUAUAAAUGCUGAACCCUCUCCUCAAGAUAUUAAAGUUUGAUAAUAAUUUCAUGAAAUAACAUGGCGACUGCGGAAUUCAUUAGUUUUUAAAUUUCCAUUUUUAUUCCAUACAAUUUAAAACAUAUAAUAACUCUCAUAUCUAUUUUUGUAGCUUUAUUCUUUAUUUUUUAUUAUAUACCUUUUUUUUAUUUACUGACUGAAAAAAAAAUUAGAUACAUACUUUAUAAAUCUUAUAGUAUAUCAUACAACAGUAUUUAAUUUACAGAUUCUAUUAAUAUAGUUUGAUUAAUAAUUUUAAAUGACCAGAUUAUCUAUAAAAUAACAGGUCAACAUAAUC